AUAAAAACGAUUAAAAAAAUACGAGUCUCAAUCUGUACGCUUCCAAUUCAGAAAGUUACAAAAUAAUUGCUGGGUCAGACACGCAAGGAGUUCGUCAUCAUGCCUGUAAUUUGUGCAGCAACUGGUUGCACCAACAAAUUUAUUAAAGGAUCUGAAAUACGAUUUUAUAGAUUCCCUAUUAGCAAACCCCAGCUUGCCACACAAUGGGUACAUAGCCUGGGUAUGAAAAACUUCAUCCCUACUCAAAACACCUGCCUCUGCUCAGAGCAUUUCAGACCUGACUGUUUUCGAGACUAUAACGGCAAACAGUUUCUGAGGGAGGAUGCUGUGCCUACCAUUUUUGGGGAAGUACAAGAUGCAUCAAAGAUUGAGCUUAGGAAAAGGGUACCAAUCAUGAAGGAUACCAGAAUUGGAACACAGUCUGACAGAGAGAGGGCAAAGGAUACUGCCAAUCAAAGAAAGGACAGACGGCAGGCUGGCUUGAAGGCACGAGGUGGCAGUGAGGUAACUCGAAAGAGAGGGGGAAAAGUUUCCAGCACCAGUGACAGGCAGAAUAUGGGUGCCAGGAGCAAAGUGUAUGACAGCAGAGGACGGCUACUCUCAUGCAACAAAGAUAUGUGUGACUGCUUAGAUGUGGACUGCAUGGGCUGCUUCUACCAAUGCCCCGACUGUGGCUCACGCAAGUGCGGCGUAGAGUGCCGCUGUGACCGGAAGUGGAUGUACGAGCAGGUGGAGGUGGAGGGUGGGGAAAUCAUUCGCAACAAAUACACCCUUUAAUAACUUGACUCAGGAGUGCCUAUAUGAAGAUGGAGUUUAGUGAAAAUGUUUGAAUUUACAACAAAGAAUAUAAAGGUCUAUGAUUAUCUUCUGGAAAAUGAAAGAAUGUGGUGGAGGGGUGUUCCUAGAACCAAGAUCCAUGAUAUUAAAAAAAUAUUGCAAUAUUUUUUUUUUAUACUUGCGGUAUGUUAAUCUAUUGAUGUGUACACAAGUUAAACCUCCAAGGUUUAGGUUUUAUCUGAAAAUAAGGUGGCUUUUUUGUUUUCUCGUCACAGUUACUUUCUUAUAAUGUAUCUAUGCUUGUGUUUUAUAAAUAAGUUGCUACCCCC